CCACCGACCACCAUGGCGGGUCCGUACGAAGGAACGCCCUUGAAGCACAAGCCGGUCGCGAGCCCUUCUCCCUCGCCGCUGCUCUUGGAAGAAGGCCGCUUCACGGCAGAAGAGGAAGAUGGCAUCACUGACGACGAGCUCCCGCCGCUCCAGUUCGCCAUCAACCCCCUCAAGACGUUCACAAGACGAAACGCAGGCCCUAAGAUCUGUCUCCUCAUCGUCGGCAUGUUCACGGUGUACUACAGCCUACGCGAGUUGGACUCCCUGCGCGAGCUCGACAGCCCAGAGUGGGGGGUCGGUGGGGUGGGAGUCGGGAUUGGGCUGGGGUUGGUCGCGUUGGCGCUGUGGGCACCGGUGAAGCGAUAG